UUAUUUUAUUGUUCAAUAACUGUUCUUAAUAAUAUGUCGCAUUAAACAGUAUUUCGCGUUUAACGCCUACGUGUAUGUGUGCGUUUCAGUUUCGUUUUUCUGUACAAGUUUUAAUUUCUCUGUGUUAGUGUUAUAUCUGUUGUUUGUAUGCAUGUGUAUGCAUGUGAGUGGAGGAAGCUCCAAACCCGCGGAACUCACAAGCAAUCCAAAUGAAAACGUCAUAAGUAAAAAGCACAUACAAAUUGAAGCAACUGAAAUCGACGGCAGUAUUAGGCAAGUGUGCAAGAAAACCAAACUCGAGCUAUUUGGUCGUGGGCGCAGAUUCUGAGUGGAUAAUGGCGAAUCAGGCGCAAAUCGAUAGCGACAGGCAAUUCCAGGAGGACUUGGCCAAGGCGACGGCCCUGAGCCUGGAGCAGCAGGCCCUCGAUGACUACAGGCGUCGCAAGAAAUACGGCACUAGCUAUCAAUCGGGCAAUGUCGACUAUUACUCCCAACAACAGCAGCAGCAGCAACAGCAAGAACAAAGAAGCUACAGUCUAGCCCAACGUCGUCACUCGGAGGUGCAUCAGGCGACGGCAGCAUUGAGCAGUGUGGAGCGUUCACGCACGCCGCCGGCGCAGUCAGCCCAUGGGAAUGGCAACGGGGACAGCGAUCUGAUAUGCUUUGCCAGUCCCACGAGCAAGCAGCCGACGCCAGAGAGCGGCAGCACCUUCGAGCGUUUAAUUGAGGACUUGCAGCGUAUGCAGACAAAUAAUCCGCAAACGGCUUUGGUGCCAGUUGGCCCGGUGGCGGCUGCAACGCCAGUGCCAGUGCACUAUCCGCCACCGAGCUAUGCAGUGGGCAGUGUGCCGGGCGGCGUUGGUAUGCAGCUGGUGCCAUAUCAAGCGGCCGCCCAACAGCCACAACAAAGGCCGUUGAACUACGAGGAGCUGCAGCGCCUCUAUAGCAUGCCCAAUCAAUUGGCCCUGCAGCCAGUUGCACCGGCGCCGGCUGCGGGCUUUGUAUACUAUCCAACGUUCUCGGCACCAGUUGUGCCCGGCUCUGCUGCGUAUAUGCCGCCUCAGUAUCCGUCGCAUGGCUUUGGCUAUGGCAUCGCUGGUGGCUAUGCGCCCCAUAACGGCGGUAGUACGCACGUGGACUUUGCCCGUCCACACAGCACUCCGGCAGUUGGAGCGGCAGCAGCAGUUGGAGCAGCAGCGCCAGUUUCCGCAUCCAACAAUAGCAGCGCUAGCCAAUCCAGCCACUCAGUUCCACAUUCCGGCGCAGGGACGCCAGUUGCCGCAUUCAAUGUGCGCCGGGCCACGCCUCCCGUUGGCAGCAGCCCGUCGGUUGGAUCCACGUUGCCAGCUCAGCGGACCGGCAACGAUUUAAUCGAUUUGAAUCAGGACGAUUAUUCCCGUGUAAGCGUCUUGGAGGCAUUCGAUCCCCUGCUCAAUGAGAACACUGGCAACGACGGCGCCUCCGAUUGCACCUCCUACUAUGCGGAGUACGAUCCGUUUGACUUUCUGUACAGCGGCGAUAAUGGCACACAGUAUUCGGAUCCCAUGUAUGAGGCGGUCAACAGGUGGGAUAAGAGUGCCGUUAACAGUGGCAGCGUCAGUUCGUUUGGCUGGCGACAGGAAUACCUCACGCAGCCCUCGCAUUCACACUCAUCAUCGCCCACACCAGCUGCUGCCUCAGCGGCGCCAGCUGCAGCGCCCCCAACUGAAGGGUCUGUUUCGCCGCCUCCUCCAUUGCCGCCACGCAAUCAGCAGCUGUAUGAGACGGGUGCCGCCGGUGUGUCCACAUCCAAGCCAUAUCAGUUGCCGCCGUUCACGGAUAGUUACACCAACAGCAUACCGGCUCGAGUAGUGCUAGAUCGCCGGAAAACAUUCACCCGGCUCUACGAGCUGAUCAGCGAGCAGCGCACGGAUGAUGCCGAGCUCUUAGAGUUUUAUCAUAUGGUGCGUGAAGUGCGCAGCAGUUACCCGCAUGGAGAUACAGCGACAAAUGUGGGACAUGUAAUAGCGGCCGAAUUCAACUAUCAUUACAUGAUGGACACCAGCAUUAAGGUGAUUGUGCAUCCGGCUGUGAAUACGCUGCAGCCGCAUGCCGUCACCAAUUCCCUAGCUGGAGAGCAGGUCAAGGGCUAUGGCACGCCGGUGACCUUCACCUGCGACAUUGAUUCAGUGGUGGCUCAGGUGGUGGCCCAGGCGCUGGCCUCGCUCGAGGGUCAGGUGCAGGGGACUGUCACGGAUUUUGUGGUCAAGCCCAUUGGUCUGUUGGAGUGGCUGGCGCCCACCUCGAAGCUGAGCCAGCUGGAGUGCGUGCAUAACAGCUUUCAGCUGGAGAAGGAUGUGCAUUUGGGUCUGUGCUUGCGCAGCGCUGCCAAUAUGCAGGCCAUUUCCAGAACACAGCAGGACGAUGAGAACGACGCUAAUCUGCAACCGGAGCAGGUGCUGCCCAAUGAAGUGGUACCCAUUGUCACCUAUGACAAUAUGAUGAUACUCAUUGAGACCCUUGAAAUGGAAAUCGAUAAACUCGAAUCGGCUGUAGACGGUGCACCUGCUGGACGCAGUGUUGUCAGCUGUUCGGGCGUGGUGCAAGCCGUCAAGGCGAUUUGCGCACUGCUCGGUUCCAUCGAUACGCUGGAGAUAGCGCGUUGCAUUAGCGAACUGAAGCGCAUAUGCGAGGAGGCGCAGACCAAGUAUGCACCCUUGGCGGGUGCAAACAAUCCAGAAAUCGUCAGCGACUAUGGGGAAUACGCGCAGGUGACGCUUAGACCGCGCUCUAUGCUAGAGCAAAUAAAACUAAAGUGCAAUCGGCUGCGUGAUGCUGUCCAGGAGCUAGUCGAAUUAUAUGCCAAUGUAUUUCGCGUUGCCUUUUCCGUGAAGACCCCCGAUUAUUCCACAACUCCCAUACCCAUCUCGUGUGUGUCCAAGCCGAUUGUGGUGAGCAUCAAUUGUCUGCACAGGCCGCCGCCCAACUGGAAAUACGAGGAUUAUUCGCUUUGCGUGCAGCUCGUCUAUGGCACGCGCCUCUUGUCCAAGCCCAAUGUGCUUAGCUGUUCCAAUGAUACGAGCGGCGGCCUAUUUCCACGCUUGAACUUCAGUGCGUGGUUAACCUUCGAUCAGCAUCCCAUAUGCACGUUGCCACGUGAGGCGCGUCUCACCUUUGUACUGUACGGCAAACAGGCGGCCAGCGAGAAUGAGCCAAAUGCGGAACCAAACGGCGAGCGACGGCAGGUGACCACUGAGUUGGGUUGGUGCUCCAUACAGCUUUUUGAUUUCAAGCGCACCAUGAUUUGUGGCCCCUAUUUGCUAUCCGUGUGGCCACCCACCACUGAUAAAAUGCUGGGACCAGCGCCUGCGCGUGGCUGCCAUCCGCACCCUGACUUUUGUCCGGUGCUGAGCAUUGAAGUGCCACCCUAUGGCGGCCGCAUAGAGUUCCCCGAGCAUCAGGAGGCGCCCAAGCCCGCACCACACUACGAUUUUGCCUCGCUAGACGCCAAUCUGCAGGAAGAACUGUUGGACACGGCCGAACUAGGAUAUUCUGGUGCAACGGACCGCCGAGAGGUGUUUUGGGAGAAACGUCUCUAUCUGCAGAAAUAUCCCAAUGCGCUGCCCAAGGUGCUGCAUGCAGCGCACAGUUGGGAUUAUGCCAACCUGAUUGAUUUGCAUUCCCUGCUACACUCUUGGGCACCUCUAUCGCCGUUGCAGGCACUGGAGCUGCUGCUGCCUCGUUACCCGGACGCCAAGGUGCGCGAGAAGGCUGUCGAGUGGAUCUCACACAUGCCCAACGAUCAGCUAGUGGACUUUUUGCCACAGCUGGUGCAAUCUCUUAAGCACGACACAUAUGAGGCAUCGGCACUGUCUCGUUUUUUGCUCUCCAAGUGCCUAGAGUCGCCGCGUUUUGCCCAUCACAUGUACUGGCUGCUGGUACACAGUCUGCCCGAUGAUCCGCUCAACUCAAUUGGCGCAUCGCUGGUGGAUCAAGACUACGAUGAGUCGCAGAUCACACAGGCGCGCUAUUAUCGCCGUAAUAAGAUGAUGUUGCGUGCCCUCAUGGCCAUUUGUGGCGAGAAGCUGCUCAAGCGUUUCAUGUAUCAGCAUCGCAUGUGUCAGAAUUUGGCCAAGAUAGCGGAGUCUGUCAAGGAAGCAAAGGAGUCGAUGCGGCAGAAGAGUCUAGUUGCGGGCAUGGAUCAGGUGCAUCAGGAUCUGUCGGAGGAGCCCACUUGUCUUCCGCUGGGUCCUGAGCUGGAGGUGUCCGGUGUUAAUGUGCGCAACUGCAGCUACUUCAAUUCCAAUACGCUGCCACUGAAAAUCACUUUUGUGGGACCUGAUAGCGAGCCGCUGCCCGCCAUUUUUAAGUGCGGUGAUGAUCUACAGCAGGACAUGCUAACAAUCCAACUGAUACGCAUCAUGAACAAAAUGUGGCUGGCCGAACGUUUGGACCUCAAGAUGGUUACGUUCAAUUGUGUACCCACUGGCUACAAGAGCGGCAUGAUUGAACUUGUCUCUGAGGCCGAAACGCUACGAAAAAUACAGGUGGAAUGCGGUUUAACGGGCUCUUUUAAAGAUCGACCCAUUGCCGAAUGGCUGGGCAAACAGAAUCCAAGUCCGUUGGAAUAUCAAAGUGCUGUGCGCAAUUUUACACUCUCUUGCGCCGGCUACAGUGUGGCUACCUAUGUGCUGGGCAUCUGUGACCGACACAACGAUAACAUUAUGCUCAAGACCUCGGGACAUUUGUUUCACAUCGAUUUUGGCAAAUUUCUGGGCGAUGCUCAAAUGUUUGGCAAUUUCAAAAGAGAUCGCACUCCGUUUGUGCUCACCUCGGAUAUGGCAUAUGUGAUCAAUGGCGGCGAUAAACCCUCUACGGAUUUUCACUAUUUCGUUGAUCUUUGCUGUCGUGCCUUUAAUAUUGUGCGCAAGAAUGCCGACCUGCUGCUCCAUACGUUAGCGCACAUGGCUACAGCGGGCAUGCCGGGUGUCAAUUCGAAUGCCGUCACCUAUGUGCGUCGCGCCCUGCUGCCUUCACAAUCGAAUCCGGAGGCAGCGGCCACAUUCGCCAAAAUGAUACAAUCCUCGCUGAAGAGUUGGUUUACCCAAUUCAAUUUCUUCUUGCACAACUUGGCCCAGAUGCGUUUCAACAAUGACGAAGGCUCCGGUGAGCUUUUAUCGUUUGUGCCACGCAAAUACACCAUGCAGCAGGAUGGUAGGCUGAAGAUUGUUAAAGUGGUGCGCUUCCAGAAGCACUACAGCAUGGAGAAGUAUUAUAUGUACAUUCUGCAAGUGACACGACACGGACAACUGGAUCCAACGCAUCUGUUUCGCUCCUAUCGCGAGUUUACCGAGUUCCAUCAGAAGUUAUGCAUGCACUUUCCACUGGUCAAGCUGCACAGCUUGCCAGCGGGUGUUCAUGUAGGACGUUCCAAUAUCAAAUCUGUUGCUGAGAAGCGUUUACCUUUGAUACAGCGUUUCCUGAAAUCGCUUUUCGAUGCGGCGGAGGAAAUAGCGCACUCGGAUUUGGUAUACACAUUCUUCCAUCCGCUGUUGCGCGACCAGCAGGAGGCCAAACUGGAGAUGCCCAAGAUAAGAGAGGUCAAGCGGCAGCCAUCGCGAGAUAAUCCGAAUGAAAUUGGCCAGAUACGUCUAUCGCUACAAUACCAACGCGGCGUGUUAACUGUGAUGAUACACCACGCCAAAGGACUGCCCAUGCUGCAGGGUGGCCAGGAGCCGAAUACAUAUGUCAAAUGCUACCUGAAACCGGAUCCAACCAAAGUGACCAAACGUAAAACCAAAGUGGUGCGCAAGACCUGCGUGCCCAGCUUCAUGGAGACGUUGGAGUACCGCAUGCCUCUGGAUAUUGUGCAGCAACGCAGGCUGCAGGUGACUGUGUGGUCACAUGAUACGCUGCAGGAGAACGAGCUGCUUGGCGGCUUUGAAUUGGAUCUCGCUAAACAUGAUUUGCGUCAGGAGCUGUGCGAUUGGCAUCGCUUGGGAUCAGUGCCUAGGAAUUGAAGCGACAAUCUGGCCUAGUUUUAUAUACACGUACACACUCAAUCGAACCCACACACUCACAACACUCACACACUCACACACACAUACACAUAUAUGUUAGUGCCUGUCUAUUCAAUGCAAUAAUACUUACAUACUCAAAGUGAUUGUACAUUCCACAUUAUACUUAUUAUAUUUACUUACAUAUACAAAUAACUUAGCUGAACUCUACCUAUCAUUUGUAUAUAACGUGCACACAUACACACGCACACACACUCACAAACCGACAAACACAUUGAGAAAUGGCACACAUAUACUCUUCUAGCAAUUGGUAUUGAGCUAUUGCAUAAACUUUAAAUUGAAAUUUUGUAUAUGUACAUAAAUCAACCAAAUAUAAGUGAUACGUGCUGAUCGGUAGUGAA